CCGUCAAGAAAGUUACCCGUGGACUUCCUUUCAGUUUUGGAAUCGUCCGUUGACUCCAAAAGGGUGUCUUUAAUUUCUUUUUCUCCAACUCUUUCGGCACUAUUUCCUAACAUAACAAAAUGUCCAGAACUCAUCUCACAGUCCUUCAAUGGCUCUCUCUCUCCACUCUCCUCCUCCAGAUUUUUCCUCUCUCUCACGGUGACGUCGGCACGGCCGCCCAAUACGGUCCCCCUUAUACACCAACUUCGUGUUACGGGAGCGAUCCAACACAAUUUCCAUCGAGCAACUUAUUCGCAGCAGCAGGAGAUGGAAUAUGGGACAAUGGGGCAGCAUGUGGGAGACAAUACUUGGUGAAAUGCAUAAGUGCGACCACGCCGUAUACUUGCGUUCCUGACCGGACAAUUCAGAUCAGGAUCGUCGAUUUCGCUCCGACCCUGGUUUCUGAACCUUCAUUUGGUGGUACCACCAUGGUUUUGACGGAGACGGCGCUCGCAAUCAUUGCAAAUUCUUCGGCUCCCUCCAUCAACAUCGAGUUCCAACAGGUAUGAUCAAAGAAGGGGAUUACCUUAUAUGAUGUUCUCUAGGAGGAAUGAAGCUGCAAAGAAAGAAGGGGAGAAUGCUGUAAUGACUACAAGAAAUUUAUUGGAGUCUGGACUUGUCUAGAACCACUGAAAGGAAAAGUCCAAUCCAACUAUUAUAUGUUCAUUGCCCAUUGCUUGGUUUGUAGGAUAAUUCUACCCUCAAUUGCUUGAAUUUUCCGUCUCUAUGUUAACUGUCAAUUGCAAAGAAACUCUCGGUGUUUCAGGCAGUAAAAAAUUUGUCGAUUUUUUUUGUGGUUAAAAAGUUGUUAGGUAUUUUUGGAAGUGAAUAAGUUAUUGAGAAAUGUCAAGUUGUUUCUGAGAGUGAAAAAGUUUUUGCUGGA